AUGAAAAAAACUGGUAAUGUACAUGGCUUAGAUUUGGCUUUGGUCAUAAAAGAACUCAAUGAGUGCCAUCCAGAGAAGGAUACAAUCCUCUUAGACCAUUACAUCAACACAUUUACAGAAUUUGCCAGGUUUUUUGAUGCUAUGGGUAAACUCUUCAGCUUUGUAUCAAAGGAUGUCCAUGAGAAAGUUGGUAUUCUAGCAAAACAUCGACAAUCAUCACACGGAGAAAAAUUCAAAACUAUGCAGUCUAUGAUGGAGUAUGAAAUCAAGAAUGACUUAACCACCAGUAAGUCAGCUGAGGGCCUUCUAUCUGGAUCCAGGACCGUGCUUCGUCUGCAUCGAGCGCUCGCUUUCAUCAUAGGAAUGUUACGCAAGGUUGAUGGUGGUAGUGAUCACGAUAAAGUCUCCACUUUGGCAGGAGAAGCUUAUAAUGAUAGUCUUGCUCACUUCCACCCAUGGCUCGUCAGGAAAGCAGUGGGUUUUGCCCUUUACACGUUACCCACUCGAAAACAUUUUAUGGAAAAUUCAUUCAAGGAGUCGCCUGAAGAAGCCCAUAAGAUUUUACCAGACCUCUUACAGAUUUCAGACACAGUCUAUGAUGAGGUUGAGCAACUGUACACAAAGCAUGAUUUAUUAAUGUUACCUUAG